AGGAAAGAGUCAAAAUGGCAGACGAAGACUCUGUUUUAAAUCCCGCGAAAAGGAUCAAAUUAAACGACAAAGACAGUGCCGAUGAAACUGGAGAUAAUUUGGCUAUAGAUGACAGAAAAAACAAACCUCAUGGUAACUCUGACAUAAAUGAUGUCGCCAAGGGCACAAAUGAAAAUGGAAUUGCAAACCAAGAACACAACCCUGACCCUGAGGAUGUUGAUGCUGCUGAGAACGAUGAUUCUGCUGAUGAUGAAGAUGACAAUGCCAGUGAUAUCAGUAGCAUCAGUGGCCUGUCAGAACUGAGUGGAGAGGAGACAUGGGCGGCAAAGCCAGCUGGUUCCAUAUCGUGGGUGUACAGAUGCAUGUCAGAUGGAGUGGACCCAAGGGAACUGCUUGGCAAGUUGAUGCCUAGGGGUUCCUCGCUGGCAGAGGAGCUUGACGAGAUCACCAUGUGGAAGCUGAUAGUGAGCAUAGUCAGCGAGCCACCGCCCCGUCAACGGCUCGACAUGUACACCACCCUCGAGCACGCCCAGGAACUGCUGUGUCAUUGUAACAAGAUCAUGGUGCUCACUGGGGCUGGGGUUUCUGUGUCAUGUGGCAUUCCUGAUUUCCGUUCCAAGAAUGGCAUCUAUGCUCGCUUAGCAGUAGACUUUCCGGACCUGCCUGAUCCACAAGCCAUGUUUGACAUCCGCUACUUCAAGCAGGAAAAAAGGCCCUUCUUCAAAUUUGCAAAGGAGAUCUUCCCAGGUCAGUUUGAGCCCUCCACAUGCCACAAGUUCCUCAAGCUGUUGGAGGACCAGGGCAAGCUGCUGCGCAACUACACCCAGAACAUAGACACUCUGGAGCAGGUGGCCGGCAUAAAAAAUGUCGUCCAGUGCCAUGGCUCUUUUGCAACAGCUACAUGUAUGGCAUGCAAGUUCCGUUGCCUAGGAGAGGACAUUAAAGAGGACAUUAUGAAUCAGGUUGUUCCUUUAUGCAAGAAAUGUGAUCCUCAGACACCCAUGUCAAUUUUGAAGCCAGACAUUGUCUUCUUUGGUGAGAGCCUGCCUGAGCAUUUCCAUGAACAAAUGAGGCAGGACAAGGAAGAAUGUGACCUACUUAUCGUUAUUGGAUCCUCAUUGAAAGUUAGGCCUGUUGCUCUAGUACCUACCUCCUUACCAGCAAAUGUCCCACAGAUUCUCAUCAACAAGGAAAGGCUGCGUAACCAGAACUUUGACAUUGAGUUGCUGGGAGACUGUGACCUGAUAGUGGGUGAGCUGUGUCGCAGACUGGGUGAGAAGUGGGCGUCGCUGGCCAGGCAGGAGCCUAUGACCCAGAUUGACAGGUCAACCAUUGCCACACCCCCAGUGUCCUCGCCUUCCUCUCCAGGAAGGGAGGAAAGUCUGACAGAGCCAGAAAGGAAAAAUGUGAUUUCUGAAAGUGUACGGACAGAGAACAGAACGGUUGCAAAAGAGGAGAAGGGCAGUGCUGACAAUAAUGAAAGAAAUGGUGAAAAACAUAUAUGUACUGAAAGCAAAGAUCUCCCAAAAUCUGGACAAGAAUGUGAUGAUAGUGGCAACAAAUCUAAUGACCCAGUUUCCUUGAUAACAGAAACCAGUUCUGCUGUUGAAGGAGAUCACAUAACCAAAAAAUUUCAAUCCUCGCCAGAAACACAAACUGCUGUAGAAUCAUCUAGCUUAUGCAAUAAACUUAAUACUGAAACCUCAGGCUCUCAUAAUGUUGACACAGCUGAAUCAAAAAGUGAUCUUGGUUCUGAGACUGUUAGUGAAAAGCCAUUAGAGACUUGCUCUGUUAGUGAUACUCAGGUCCCAGGAUCAAGCAAGGACUCUUUCGAUGGUCUCAAAAAAAUGAAGAAUAAAAUACCAGUUUACAGUUGCAAUAUCGCAGAUCUGUUGAAAGGUAUUUUUGUGGUUUAUAUAUCUUUACACAUUUAAAAUCUUUAUUUAAUAAAAGUUUUGAAGUUAAUUCUCUUGAUCAAGAAAAUUUGAAAAUAUUCAAAGAGCUAUAUUGCUUGUUACCUCUGUAUGUCAACGCUCCUUAAAUGCCUCCAGACAACUGAUGCACAGUAAACUGUAUUCUAUUUUUCAGCUGACCAGUUUGCUUCAUACCUCCAAACAGAUAUGUUUUCCCAAUGGCUGAGUACAAUUUGUCCUAUCGGGUGUGGCAUGCAGACAGUGAACAUGACUUCAGUGAUGAAGAUCAUGACUUUGAUGAUAAAGAUUAUGACGAUGAUGAGGCCAUGUCUGAUAGUAGUGACUACAUUGACCUUACCUCGAGUGACGAGGCAGACUCGCCGCGCAAGCAGAAAACCAAGGAAGGCCCAGAUGGACAUGAUGCGGAUUCGAGUAUUGUUAUAGAUUCUGAUGGAGAUUGAACAUGUAGUUAGUGCUUUAGAAAGAAAGAAUCUUCAAUAUCGGAUUUUGGAGAUAGUUUAUAAAUGAAAGGGAACUUUUUAGCAGUUUCCCUGUUUGAAGUUUGUACCAGUAAAGGUACCAUUGACAAACUGAUUUUUUUGGUCAAUUUUUCCAAUUCAAAUAAUGUUGUAAAUUUCACUUCUUACUGUACCCAGAUGAGACUUAAUUUUACCUUAUUGACAUUUAAUCUGGAAAAAAGGGUUAUAUGCAUGUGUGUAGUGUUUCCUCAGAUUAGCCUUUGCAGUCUGCAAAUUAAUCAAAUCAAUUACUGAAGUAAUAAAAUUGUCCAUUAAUCAAUGAAUAAGUCCAAUGACAAGAGGUACGCUUGGUUGAAGUCAAAUGAUUGUUAAGUACAAAAUUGUCAAACAAAAUGGCAGACAUUGUCAGCAAAGUGUGAUUAUUGUCCCCUAUAAACAGUGGUGCCCAAUGAGUUGGCAUUAUAAAACCUGGACAAAUGUGCUUAUUCCAAUAGUAUUUUUAUAUAUAUGAAUUGUGUAAAAAUGCUACUCUUUGGAAAUGUGAAGCCCAAAAUCGGCCUUAGUUAUGUUAGGUGAAAAACCUGUAUAUUUUUACAAUAUUUCAUUAGUGAUUGAUGUUUUAUUUUCAUUGGAAAUGCAUGCAUAAAUGUAUUUACAUCUUUGCAUAGUAAAGGGGGUAGACUGGACUCACCAUGGAUCUCUGUCCUUCUAUCCAUUGACCACAACUUUUAUGGUGGGUUUUUUUCCCAAUGAUAUCUUUGACGCUUUCAAAAAGGUGCCUGUUGGUUGAAAAACAUGGCUGCCAGGGGGCAAGGCAUUUUUACUUAAAUAACUAUAAUGAAAACAAAUCAGCACUUUAAAAGUCACAAUUAUUUCCCAAUCUUAGGAGCAUUGGUCAGAGCAUUUGUUUUAAUGAUAUCUUGGAUGAGUUUGAAAAUAGUUCCAGUCUGUUGAAAAAACAUGGAAUUUGGUCCUUAUAUGGCUAUAGUAAAACUUUAAAAGUUAAAUUUAUAGUUCACUCUUCAUGAAACUUGGUGAAAACAUUUGUUCUAAUGAUAUCAUGGGCUGCCCAGAACAGGUCAGUUCCUUUGUAUUUCAGGUGAGCGACUUUGGACCUUGCAGAUCCUUUUGUUUAUUUUUGGGUAAUUUAAAUUAAAUAAUACACAACAUAAAUCUUAUAUUCGACUUGUUUGAACGUUAUUUAUUUCUGUUUCACAAUCAUGUAUGAACUCAAACGUCCAGAAACAUAUCCCUUAAGUGCACACCCAUCGUUAUUUCUGUGUGAAUGAAUCUUCCUCAAAUUUGUGAGUAAUUUAAGCUUGUAUUCCCCUUAUCAGAACAUAUAAAGUGCGUCCAAUGAUCUGUGUAAUGCAUUUGUCAAAGACACUCAAAGAAUUCAAUACAUAUCCCUUGGGUACAACUUUAACAGAUUCUGUUACCAAACUCAUCUUUAAAGCAUUGCUUUUUAAAAACAUUUCUUUAGUUGUUCAUAUGCCGUGUUCUCAAAAUAAUAUGAACUCAUUUUGUGUUAUAUACCAAACAUAUGCAAAUGGCAUUGUUUAUAACUCAGGGUGGAAAUAUUUAUUAUACUUGUGUACUUGUUUGAAAAUGUUGUGCAUUUUAGUCCGAAAUCUCAAAAUGAGUGCUUACCUUCUUAUAAUGUGUUUAUUUUUUGCAUUAUAAAUGUAUGAACAAUUUACUAAUAUAUAUUGUAUGAUUUAUUAAGCAACCCCGUGAUGUAUCCUUUUUUGAGAUGCCUGUUGAAUGAAACCUUAUUAAAUUAUGCAAAUAAAUUUGAUCUAAG